CUGCUUGGCUACACGUCAAUCUCGGGCGCUGCUCCCGCCUCCUCGAUUUCGACUGGCUGAUGCCACCAAAAUUUUCGUGGCCGUCACCAGACAACGAGUUUCUCCUUCGCGCUCUCGAUUGGUGGAGAUUUUGUUUUAGCUGAGAUUGGCCGCAGUUAGGCAGAACAUGCCCUCAAUCUCUUGAUAACGAUGGGUCAAAUUCCCCAUCAAUCAAAGAGCAAACUUCCGCCCUUCUCCCGGCGCUGUCCCCGGUCGUCCCGUCCGAUUCGCCUCCUCCCCGCGCGCGCUCGUUCUGAUUGGCUGCCGCUCUGGCCCUGCCCCUGUGGCGGGGUCCGGAAGCGUCUGGGGCUCAGUCGCGCAGCGGCGGCCGCGGUGAGCGGAGCUCUAGGGCCGCCAUGGCCGCGGGGGCAGUGGGGGCUGUCACGGCUGAGCUGCCGCCGCCGCUGGGCCGCCUUCCCGGAGGAGCCGGCACUGAGCGCGCCCUGGAAGAAGCAGAGGCCUCCGGCACCCUCAGUCUGGCCGGCCGGCGGCUUCGCGCCUUCCCGGCGGCGCGGCGCUGGGACCUCAGCGACACCACACAGGCCGACCUGUCCCGGAACCGUUUCGGGGAGGUGCCAGAGGCCGCCUGCCGCCUGGUCUCGCUGGAGGGGCUCAGCCUGUACCACAACUGCCUGCGCAGCGUCCCCCCGGCCAUCGCCAACCUGCAGGCCCUGGCACACCUGGACCUCAGCCGCAACCAGCUGAGUUCUCUGCCCGCCUGCCUCUGCCUCCUACCCCUGCGCGUCCUCAACGCCAGCAACAACCGCCUGGCCCAGCUGCCCCCGAACCUCGGCGCCCUGCGCACGCUGCGGCAGCUGGACGUCGGCUGUAACCGGCUGCGGGCGCUGCCGCCGGGGCUGGGGCAGCUGCGGGCGCUGCGGGACCUCAACGUGCGGCGGAACCAGCUGGCAGCGCUGCCCGAGGAGCUCUCGGAAUUGCCCCUGGUGCGGCUGGAUUUCUCCUGCAAUCGGGUAGUCGCAAUUCCGCGCUGUUUCCGGCGGCUCCGGCACCUCCAAAUCCUACUGGCAGACAACAAUCCCCUCCAGUUCCCCCCCGCCCAGAUCUGCCUGAAGGGCAAAGUCCACAUCUUCAAGUACCUGGAAGCUGAGGCUGCCCCUCAUCCUCCCCCAGCAUGCCCCCCGGACGAGUUGUGUCCCCUCCGGCAGCGGGGGGGGCUGGACUCCGGCUUCCACAGCGUGGACAGCGGCAGCAAGCGCUGGUCAGGGAAUGAGUCCAUGGAUGAGUCCUUGGAGCUAUCCCGGCAGCAUAGGGAGACACGCAGCGGGGCAGCUGGUGACAGUGACCCGGAGCAGCUGGAGGAGGAGCCCUCACCUGAGGAGCAGCAGAGCCAGACCCCAAGAGGUGGCACCCCUGAGGGUAUCAGGGUGGUCCCCACUUCCCAGCGACGCGCCAAGAAUCUGGAGAUGUGGAUGGAGAGAGAAAGGGAGAGGAGUCGGGACAGGACCGUCCCGCAGAGACCCCCCCAGAUGCGGCCGCCGACGCUGGAACCUGAUGGAGCCCCUGGUGCUCCCUCCAGUCCCCCAAAACGCAGCACCUACCUCAGCCCCUGCUCCUCUUCUUCCCGAAGUGCCACCAAACCAGCCGCCCUGGAGGCCGACCAGCGGGAGCUGAUUGCUGAGGUGCGCCAGAGCCUCGAGGCGCUACUGCAGCUGCAGCUCCCGGACGAGUUGGGGGAUUCGGAGCUGUUGGGCCGUGUCGCCGCCCGGCUGCGCCCCUGGGCUGUCCCUUUCUCCCCGCCAGAGCCCCUCCAGAACCCGACGGACGCCGCAGCCGCUCCCCUGCCACCACUCAGGGGGAACUGAGGUGAAGCCCCUGCACCCCCGGCGCACCCCCCCCAGGCUGCUCUUCGCUCUCUUCUAUGGCCUCCUCAUGGCGCUGCUUGUGGCCGCCCACCGCGCGCUCUUUGGCUGCUG